GGCGACUAACGAUGUUUGACAAAUAGCAGCGACCUGGACCGGGGCACGCGAGCCAUCGCUCGUCGAGCUCAUACCCACUAUGGUGACAAGAAUACAACGACAUUAUGGUUCUAGUUUCACUUCCUCGUAUCCAUCGACCAAGGUCGUUUCGGAGGCCUUCUGUUUACCAAGGCGUUGGAUCCGGUUCCUCUUGCGGCAGCGACAGCAGCAGACGAUCUGGACCCAGGUCAACUCUUUAAGCCAAGUCCCUACGCCUUUGAGCAGCGUAAUAGACGUCAGCGCUGGCUGGACGACGAUGAUAAUGGCCAAGAUCUCAGACCCUCCAAAAUUUCCACGAGAACCCUGACUUCCAUAUUUCCUUCCUUUGGCGGAAUAUCGCUACUAUCCAAGCGAGGAUGGUGCCCAGGAGCGGCAGUAUGAGAAUGAAUCCGACUCCAGGAGAUAUCUCGAUUGCCGCGAUUAUGAGCGCCCCCGCCGCGGCAUAGAACAAAGAAACCAAGAUGUCCCACACGGUCCGAGUGCAAGUUGGCUGCGAAAAGUGGCGAGGGUUGGAAGAAUAAAUGAAGAUGACCAUGGCUAGCCAUAAUACCAGAGAGAGAAGUACGAUGAACAACGCGACCAUAUGCCGAGGGCGCCACCUGGAGCGGCCAGGUUCUCCGUCACCUGGCCCGAGAGUGUUGCGCAGACGAUGCGUCUUUGAUCCACCGAGCGCCCAGAAGGAGUAUACCCAAAGGUAGAGAGUAAC